AUGCCACAGAUUCAUCUCGGCGUCUACUUGACGUCUGGCAACGAGACGACAAGAGCUACCAAAUGGGCACUCGAGGCCGGAUACCUUGCUAUCGACAGCGCUCAGAUGUACCACAACGAACGUCAGGUCGGCAAUGCCAUCACAGACUUUCUCAAGUCACCCAACAACAUUUCGGCCCUCACCCGCGAGGACAUACACUACACAUCAAAGCUUGCGAGCAACAGCGACUACAACACGGCGAGAAAGAGCAUCAAGAAGAGCGUGCAAGAGUGCGGUCUUGGAUACAUUGACCUCUUCCUCUUGCACAGUCCAUACGGUGGAAAGAAGGCUCGCCUCGAGAGUUGGCGAGCCGUCGAGGACGCCAUCAAGGAUGGCGAGGUCAAGAUUGGAGGUGUGAGCAACUACGGUGUGCAGCACCUCCAAGAGCUUCUCGACUCGAAGCCACGCAUCCCUCCAGCCGUCAACCAGAUCGAGGUGCACCCGUUCAACACGCGCACCGACAUCACGUCUUUCUGCCAGAAGAAUGACAUUGUGGUGGAAGCCUAUGCUCCUCUGGCUCGCGCACUUCGCAUGAAGCAUCCCGUCAUUGCCGAGCUCAGCAAGAAGUAUAACGUCAAUCCUGGUCAGUUGCUGGUGAGAUGGUCGGUCCAGCAUGGCUACGUGCCGCUGCCCAAGAGUGUCAAGAAGGAGCGCAUCGUGCAGAACGGCGACAUCAGUGGAUUCGAGAUCGAGGAGGGCGAUAUGGUCAAGAUGGAUGGGUUGGACGAGUAUCUGGUGACUGAUUGGGAUCCCACGGAUGCCCCGUAA